AUGUCAGACACCGGUUUCCCCGAAGCCCCUACUGAGGGUUUCGGCCAAGUCCCCGCUGCCUCGGCCGCUGGUCCUAGCCCUGAGGAUGUCACUGCCCUUCGUACUCAUGGCUGGACUGAGAACGAGAAGCUCGACUACGAUGCCUACAACGCCGCUCCUACAGACAUCACUCCCACUUGGGCCACCACUGCUCAAGUCUACGAGUGGAAUGGCGAAGAGGGUGACGUUAGUCCUCCCGACGCUGAGCUGGAACAGCAGCUCUUUGGUGAGCGCCACAGGGCCGGAACCUCCCUCGAUCACAUCAUGGACUUCAUUGCCAACGUCGAAGGCCCCAGACAGUUCAAUCCCAUCGGUGGCGUUCUGGCCAAUGUCCAGCUCUGCGGCUACGAGAAGAUUACCGUCAUUCAGGCCUACUGUGUGCCUAUCAUUCUCGCCGGUCACGAUCUCGUUGCUGUCGCCCAGACUGGCUCCGGAAAGACCGCCGCUUACCUAGUUCCUAUCAUCUCCAAGUUGAUGGGUAAGGUCCGCAAGCUUCAGGGACCUCGUACCGUCGCUGGCAGCCGCGUUCGCGCCGAGCCUUUGGUUGUCAUCGUUGUCCCUACCCGCGAGCUCGCUCAACAGAUCUUUGAUGAGGCUCGUCGCUUGUGUUACCGUUCCAUGCUGCGCCCUGUUUGCGCUUACGGCGGUAUCCUCAUGGGAAUCAAUCUUCAGGAGCUUGGAAAGGGUUGCGAUCUGCUCAUUGGUACUGCUGGUCGUCUCAACGACCUGAUGAACAAGCCCGAUAUCCUCUCGAUGAGACGUGUCAAAUUCACCGUCAUUGACGAGGCCGAUGAGAUGCUCACUCCUGAUUGGGAAGAUGAGAUGGCCAAGAUCAUGGGUGGCGGUGGUAAGUGA